AUGGUAACAGUUUGUUGUCGGAUUUGUCUUAAUCAAACAUCAGUUAAUGAUGCGUUAUCACUCUUCGACAAAUACGAAAAUUUCAUCAUACGCGAUGCUUUGUUGGAAAUGUUUCAAAUCAAGAUACAUCCCACUGAGAUGCUAUCUACAAUAUGCAAAGAGUGUGUGCGAAAGCUAUGGACUGUUCGCAGCAUCCGCGAUGAAUUCCUACAGCAGGAGUGUAAAUAUCAAAAAAUGAUACGAAAUUCUGAUGAGGUAGAAUCUUCAUUAGAAUGGAGUCAAGAUGAACUACAGCCAUUGUGCACCUCCCAGGAAUUCGAGGGAGCAGCUGAUGAAAGCAGAGACUAUAACGACGUUAGAAAGCUGGAGAAAGAAGAUGAAGGGUCGCAUUCCAGCGAUAGCAAUAAACUAACUUACGUUGUAGACAACCCAAACGAGACUAGUGCUCUAGAUUCUGAUGAUUCCCAGUUAAAAGUUAUGAUAUUACCAGAGAAAUCUGAAAAGAAAUUGAUUAGAAUUGAAAUUAUCGACAACAUGGAGGAGAAAUCGGAAAUCGACGAUAUCGAGGACAAGCGCAAGACUGAUCCGAUUCCCCGUUUUGAUGAUGAAGAUUUUAGCGAGAAGUCGUACUAUCUCGAGUCUGCAGAUUUGACGGAUGCUAUGGAAGAGCACAGUACAAAAGAAGCUCGAACCGGACAUUCGGAAAAUGAAAUCAUUUGUGUGUACUGUGAGACCAAAUUUGACUCGCAUGCGAAAUAUGAACAACACAUUUGCAACCAUACGAAAACAACUUCGGAAGAAAAAGCGUUCCCCUCGAAAGCAAACAGCAAGUUAUCCUUAAGAUCACGUCGUGACUCGAAGCAGGGCAUCUCGGCGUGCAAACAAAUACGAAUUGUGGAAGAUGAGGAACAAAUAAGUAACAUACCAACAGACGAAGGCAGUGUCGUAUGCAUCCACUGUUCGGAAGUAUUUGAAAGUGAUUUGUUGCUGCUAAAGCACGGGAUAAAAUCCCAUCCACACCAGUUUACUCCCGUGCAGUGUAAAAACUGUUCAACAGAAUUCGCAACAUUACCAGCAAUGUUAACGCACCGGGAACAAUGCUCUGCCGGGCGUUAUAAAUGCCGCUUUUGCCACAAAAAGUUUGUUACCUCAUUCGCAAUGAAGGGACACGAGAAUACACACACUAAGGAACAGAGCUUCAGCUGCAAUGUGUGCCCAAAGAAAUUCUCCCAGUACAGUAGCAUGCGGCGUCAUUUAAAAUUACACAGCAACGAAAAACCGUACAAAUGCGACUAUUGCGACGACCGGUUCCGGCAGCGCGGUGUGAUGCUAGUGCAUCGCAGACGCCACACCGGCGAGAAACCGUACGGGUGUGGUACGUGUGGUAGGCAUUUCCGUGACCGUAGCACAGUAGCGAAGCAUAAGCGUAUACAUGUGAAACACAUGACUAAUGCUAAACCUUGA